AUGGCGAACUCGCUCAGGCCGCAACCCCCACUCCCCAAACGCAACGUCUUCGUUGCGAUCCUUCUGGCCAUACCAUUGCUGGUUUCUGGCAGUAUGGCCACUCGGGUGUUUAGCGAUGAAGGUGUUUCUGGCGACGGACUGCGCUCGCACACGGUUCCCACGUCUUCUACGGCGGGCCACUCCACGAUGAUUACCGGCAGCGGGCGCGCGAAAGGAACAACAAGUGCGUCGUCACGGGAGCCCAACACGCCUCCUAUUCCCGCCUCAAGGCCGCGCACAUCUUUCCGCGAUCGCACGCAGCUGAGGGUUCACAGCGCAAAUCAUCGACCCAGCACCGCCUCCGCCGUCGGCGGACCCACGAAGAUCGACUCCAUCCAGAACAUCAUCCUGCUCGACUCAUCGCUGCAUGAUGGCUGGGAUGCGUACGAGUUCUCCAUCGACCCGGACAGGGACUACCGCGUCACCGCGUUCAUCAACGACUACAUCGAAUACGACGGGCUACACGUCGACUUCUCCCACACGCGGAUCACCGCUUGCGCCCCCUCGACGACCUCUUCCGCGACCACUUCCUGCAGGGGGUGCUGA